GCCCUAGUUACAAGACCCCUCUCCCUCAGUCACACACAUUGCUCUCAUGCUGCAAACGUGAAACUCUCUUGCUUCAUACCGGUCUCUUGAGAGCAGUCUUGUUCUUGUUCUUACAUUUGCUUCCACUGAAGAUCUUCCAGGUGGCCUUCACCUGAUUCGACAGUUUUUUUUUUCCACCUUCCAUACGCGCAGCUCCUUGGCGGGUAGAAGUGCUGACCCGCCAUGUUUCUGGUUCUGGUGGUAACAGAUGAGUUGAGGCAGCUCCUGGCCAGGGCAAGGAACGGGACUGGCCGUCUCAUCCAGGUGCUGAUCCGAGACGAGCAGUUGGUUCUGGGUGCAUACCGUGAGCCAUCUCAGUCCUGGGAGAAAGAUUAUGACCACUUCCUGCUUCCCCUACUUGAUCCCCAGGAACCUUGCUACAUCCUGUAUCGCCUUGACUCCCACAAUGCACAGGGAUAUGAGUGGAUCUUUCUUUCUUGGUCACCUGACCAGUCUCCAACCAGACAGAAGAUGCUGUAUGCUGCCACUCGUGCAACAGUGAAGAAAGAAUUUGGUGGAGGGCAUGUAAAAGAUGAGCUCUUUGGCAAUGUGGUGGAGGAUGUUUGUCUUCAGGGUUACCUUCGUCAUGUAUCAUCAAUCUCCGCUCCUGCUCCUCUCACACUCGCUGAGCAGGAGCUGCAGAGAAUCAAAACCACGGAGUGCAAAGUUAAGCAGGUUAUUACAGAGAUGAGUGUGGAAACUAAGCCUCAGACCUUACAGGGUCUGGCCUUUCCGCUACAGCCAGAGGCUAAACACGCUUUACAGCAACUCGCUAAGAAACACAUUAACUACAUCCAGCUGAGGUUGGACACUGAGAAAGAGACCAUUGAGCUGGUGCACACUCGGCCCACAGAGACACAUGAUCUUCGUAGCAGGAUCCCAACAGACACACCACGCUAUCACUUCUUCCUCUAUAAGCACUCACACGAAGGAGUCUACCUAGAGUCUGUUGUGUUCAUCUACUCGAUGCCGGGCUACCGCUGCAGCGUUAAGGAGAGGAUGCUGUAUUCCAGCUGUAAGAGUCGGCUGCUGGAACAGGUGGAGAGGGACUACCAUAUAGAGGUGGUCAAAAAGUUGGAGAUAGACAGCGGGGAUGAGUUGACGGAGCAGUACUUGUAUGAGGAAAUCCACCCUAAGCAGCAUGCUCACAAGGAGGCAUUCGCCAAACCUCGCGGUCCUGCAGGGAAAAGAGGAAAUAAACGGCUGAUUAAAGGAGUGGGAGAGAAUGGUGUGAACAGCUAGAGAGGAAAGAACAUGGGAAACAGGUCCCUGUUCUGCCCUCCAAGAAUCUGAGGAUUUUGCUGUUAAGGCAUGACAGGAUGAAAGAGGUUGAAAUGUGGUGUCCAGUUGUUUUUAUUCUUAUUAAUUGUGAUGCUUUUUUUUUUUUUUAAACUUUAUUAGCUUGGGUUUCAUAAGUCAUAAAUAACUCAUUCUUUUAUUCAAAUUUGUGUACACAUUCAUAAAGAAAAAAAAAGGAAACUCAGGAAUUCAUUCUGUACCUAUAAAUUGUCUGCUCACACUUUUUAUUCAUUCAGAAUUCGAGACAUAACUUGACAGUCAUGUUUCAUGCACAAAUUCAGUUAGUGUCAGUAAUUGAAGUGGACUAGUGGACAGUUCAUAUUUAAAUUUGUUUCUUGAUUUUAUUUCACAACACUACCAUACAUUACCAUUACCAAACAUAGCAGAUCUAGCCUCAGUAGAAUGUGAAUUUUGUAUGAGUAAGAAACACUUUAUAGGUCACUGAUGUUCCAGUUGUGAUUUUAGAUCUGUGUUUUAUAACUGAUUGGAUUGGCGCUAAUUUGCUUUACAACAUUAGAUUGAAAACCUAACUGUUUAUGCAUAAGCAUUUACUUCAGUGACACUAAUGUAAAUCUUUCUCACUGUUUUCUGUCAUAUCAAGUUGUGAAAAUAGCUGUUCUUAAUGAAAAUAAGAACUCAGAAUAAAUUAUUUUUAUGAA